AUGUCGAGCAAAUACGCUUUCACCAAGGCCCUGAAGGAGGUGCGCUUCCUGUUCUGCCAGACCGGCGAGCAGAGCGCCGCCACGAGGUCCUUCCUCACCCGCGCCUACCCGACCAUGAAGAAGAACAACCCCACCACCCCGAUCAUGCUGCGCGAAGCGGCCGGCACCCUGCCCAAGGUCUACGCGAGAUACGACCUCGGCAAGGAGAAGAGCCAAUCGCUCGAGGGCUUGACGGACAAGCAGAUUGAGGACGCCGUGACGACGCUGGUGAAGAACGAGGCCGCAUGA